AACGCUCCCCACACACCAGCUCUCAGUGGGGAGGAGAGCAGAGUGAUGGACCCAAUUAAAAAAAAACAACACUUGUAUAUUUUGCAAUAUGUUUCGAUGAUGUGAUAUGAUACAAUCACUCGGCAUGCACAUGAGACCUGAUGUACAGAUUCGGACUUCGUGCAGCACCAAGUUCAGAUAACAGAGGAAGAAAGGAUACGGAUGAGAUGCGGCCCACCAGGCCCCCGCUCGUCCCUGCUAAGCCUGUUUAGUAGUUAAUUGAUCCUGGGAUCUGAUCCAGUCAUUUCAUGAAAUAGACGAGUAACAGCCUCAACAGCACGGCUGGGUAUCUUGAUCCACUCUCACCUUUUCAAAUGCUCUUCCACAUGUUUUCCACUUGCCUCCUCUGGUCCGUGUUGCAUCGUUGAAGUCUUGGGUAAAGGAAAGGUUCCUCUGGAGGAGCAGAAAUAACUCAAGGGGAAAAGUUAUUCAAGAGAAAGGGUUUAAUUUGAAGUCUAAAAAAAGCCUUUUCAUCUCUCGGACCACAGGAGAACAGAAAUUGAUUGACCUCAAGUCAACCUUUGAUAGGUCUUCGUUUCCUUGUGGUCAUAAAGGACCGGCUCUUUUCCUUUCAAACUCGGCUUACAGACAACUACUGUAACAAGACAAACUGACACCUGAUUUUAAUUUCACAUAUGUGCAGAGAAAACAAGACAAACGUCUGAAAAAACAACCUAUUUUUACUUCUGCUACUGCAUUUAUGAUUUUAUAAAAGCAACCUGAUAUGACUUCAUUGAUGUAUGAAUAAAUUUCCAGUCCCUCACUGCUAUUAACCCACUGCAGGAGGCUGCAGGGCGACUUCUUCAGCGCCUCUGGGGGUUUCAGUGCCUUCAACCUCUCAGUGGAGGAUAGUACCUUAAGCCCCAGAAUCUAUCUGAAUGCUCCCCUUUCUGGACGGAAUCCAGACUGAUUCCACAGCAGCAAGAUCUUCUUAUAACUUCGUGCCCAGACCUGUCCAUCUUUAUCUAUCUGUCCCUGUACUCCCUGUACUGUGCUGUAGUGUCCAAACUGUGUCUGCUGUACUGUGCCUGUCCUGAGACAUCGGUGUUCCAACAGUUCCAGUAUACAUUUGCAUAUGGCAAUAAAGUCGUUUACUCUUUUGCUAACUGCUUCCUCACGGUCUGGGUCACGGGGGAGCUGGAGUCUAUCCCAGCAUGCAAGGGGGGCAAGGCAGGAUACAGCCUGGGCAGGAUGCCAGUCCAUCGCUGAGCACACAGACACCAGGACUGGUUUUCUCACAGGAUAAUUAAUCUUCAUUAGGCUUUUGAGUAAACCGACAGGAACAUACAAACUCCACGCAGACAGCACACCAGGCCCCAGCGCUGUGAGGCAGCAGGGCUCACCACCGCGCCAACGAAACUGUACACAAUAUUCUCAAUGGAUAUUGUAACUAACUUAACUUUUUGUUAAAAUGUAUUUUUUUAAAAAUAAAGUGCUUGGGGGGCGAAAGCCUUUAUGCAACUGCGAGGAACUUUUAUGACUCAGAGUUUCUGAUGGACUAUAAUGAUUAAAAUCGGAUUUUGUAGCACAAACUGCAGACCGUGAGAAACUAUUACGGCGAAAAAAGUAAAAAUACCCUCUUCACGCGCCCAGUCUCUGGAGCCGCCUGCAGCGCGGCGCAUGCGUCACAGCCGCGCGGCGGCCGGAAGUUUGUGUUGUCUCCUAGCAACGCGAGGAUGUCAGAUAAACACAGCACUGACUCAGAAGAGCUGUUUUAUGCGCAGGAGCAGCCACAGAUGGACAGCAAGGAUGAGGGAGAGAGGGAGGGCAAGGGCCUCUCGACACUGGCUGAAGAAGAGCCUGCGCCCCUCGGCGCCCCAGAGCAGACGGCGGAUGACUCUGGGGUGACAGUGCUUGCUCCGGAUGAGGGGGAAGUGGAGGAGCGGGUGGAGUCCCAGACAGGGCCAACGGAGCAGGAGGAGAUGGACGCCGGACAUGGGGAGGGCAUGUUGAAGAUAUCGCCAGUGGCACCAGACUCCGUCCUGCGUCUGUCUGUCCCGCUGUCAGACAGUGAUGGUGAGGAGGCUGUGAGUGGGGGUAGUGAGGAGGAAGAGGAGGAGGAAGACGAGGAGGAAGAGGAAGAGCUGGUGGUGCUGGACCCAGAGCAUCCCCUGAUGAAGAGGUUUCAGUCGGCCCUGAAGUCCCACCUCUCCCGGCAGUUGGAGAAAAUCUACCUGGAUGUCCGGGAGAAGCUGGCGAUGGAGCGAGCCGAGGUCACGCAGAGGGAGAAUCUGGGCGUGGAGCUCUACGGCGUGCAGCAGGAGCUGGCCCGGCUGCAGAUGGCCCUGGAGAAGAGGCAUGAGACCAACGCCCAGGCCGCGAUGGAUAGACACUGUGCAGAGGAGGAGCUGGAAAGAGUGCGCAGCCUGUACAGAAACAUUCAGAACACUGCUGACCAACACAGGACCAAGGUUGCUCAGCUGCAGACAGAGGUGGAGAACCUGGCCUUGCGGCUGUUCUACAUGCAGGGUGUGAAUGCAGACUUGCGCUCGGACAUCACCGUCAUGAAGCACGCCACGCGCAAGGCCCGGGUCGAGAAGGUGCAAGCAGAGGGGCAGAAGAAGAAGCAGGACCUUCUCGUGGAUCGUCUGACCCAGCGUGUGCAGCAGCUGACAGAGCAGAUUGCCCUGUAUGAGGUUCAGAUUGCCGCCCAAGCCCAGGAGACCAGGGCAGCCCAGGAGACAGUCUCUGAGGCUCAGAUGGAGAUGGACUCUCUGGCAGUGGAGAGGAAGCAGCUGCUGCAGCAGUGGAACAGCAGUCUGAUUGGGAUGAGGCGCCGUGAUGAGGCCCACACUGCGAUGCUAGAGGCUUUGCGGCUCUCCCGUCACCAGGUACAGUCCCUGGAUACGGAGAUUGAUGGCUAUAAAAAGUCGAUCACACACGAGGAGGAGCAGAAUGAGGCGCUGACAGAGCUGCUGAACAGGGCCCAACAAGCUGGUGCAACCAUGCGCAAGCUGGUCUCACACAACCUGGCGCAGCAGGAGGCGCUGAAGUCCCAGUACAGCACCUACACCCGCACCCUGCAGGAGACGGAGCAGGCGCUGAGCAGGGUCACCGCGGACUGCACGACGCGGCAGGGCGAGCUGAGCGCGCUCAGGAAGCAGAUCGAAAAAGAGUCGACGGUUCGGCUGGGGCUGGAAGAAAAGAUCAUGGCCAAGAUGCAGGAGCAGCUGACGCACGACAAAGCGGCCAAAUACUCACGGCGACUGGCGGAGAAGCUGGCCGCAAACAAGAGAGAGACGGAGGCCCAGCUCUCGCGGCUGGAGAACGAAAUCGCCCAGGUGUCGCUGGAGGGCAGCGAGGUCUCGGUACGCCUGCGCGCGCUGGAGCAGACGCUGGCGGAGCUGGAGCGGGAGGCCGCCGGCCAGCACGAGCUGGUGUCCCGCAGCGAGGCCGAGAUUGCGCGCCGCGUCACCCUCAUCGAGCGCAAGCAGAGCACCAUCAACCUCUACAACAAGAGGAUCGAGCAGAUCACUGCCAGCACUGGGCACGAGGACCUUGGCCCGCUGGAGAUCGAGGCGAGCACGCUCAGUAAGCAGCUGGAGGAGGUGGGGAGCCAGACGGCGGAGCUGCAGCAGUACUGGCUGCGCCAGGAGGGGGAGCUGGUGAGGCUCAGCCGGGAGCGACAGGCCCAGGCCACAGCGCUGCAGACCUUCCGCAGGCAGCUGACCAUCCUGCAGCAGAGGAAAGUGCGCAAAGAGAGUGAGAUCCAUCAGGAGCGGCAGGAGCAGGGCGAGCUGGAGCGGCACAUGAAGAGCCUGGCAGCCGACAUGCUGAAGCUCAACACGCUGCUCAGCCAGAACAGCAGCAUGAAGGAGGUGCUGCAGCAGGGGAACAGCCUCAUGGAGACAGAGUUCCUGCACAAGCUUAAGGACGCUGAGCGGCAGUCAGUCCAGAUGCAGAUGAAGCUGGAAAGAAUACAGGAGGAGAAAGAGAGGCUGCUCAACAGUCUGGUGGAGGCAGAGCGACAGAUCAUGCUGUGGGAGAAGAAGACACAGCUGGCCCGGGAAACACGGGAGGCAGUGGACUCAGAGGUGGGGCAGGGCGAGAUCCGGACCAUGAAGGCCGAAAUACACCGCAUGGAGGUGCGCUAUGGGCAGCUGAUGAAGCAGCAGGAGAGGCUGCUCCGGGAGAUGGAGGCCGCGGUGUCCCGCCGGGAGACCACCGUGACGCGGGGCGAGGCUCAGGCGCGGGCCGACAGGAAGCAGCUGACCCGCAGCGACCUGCAGGGCGUGCUGCAGCGCCUGAGCAGGAAGAUCCAGGACGCACAGAAGGAAGCAGAGAAGUGUGACAGCGUGAUCAGCGAGCUGCAGGACACACAGAAAACCCUGGGUGCCAGCCUGGAGGAUAAACAGCAGCACCUGGCUGAGCUGCAGGCUGCCGGCGACAUCCUCUCCGCUGACCUGCAGGGCCGGCUGGACACGAAGGACAGGAACCUGGCCCAGAUCGUGAGCCUGCAGGGCCGGGCCAAGCAGCUGCAGGCGGUGCGCGAGGGCCGGUACAGCGCCGUGGCGCGGAGCGGGUCAGCGCUGGACACCGAGAUGCAGAGGCAGGAGGACCGGCUGCACACCAUCAGCACCAUCCUGCACCGCGUCUGCCAGGAGUACCCCCAGCACCAGGGGGCGCUGCGCCGGGUCUCGCUGGCCCUGGCCGCCAGGCUGCAGCCCCACCAGGACAGUGCCUGAGGCCUCUCUGGCCCCUCAGUACCGGCAGACUCCAGGGCGUCUAACCGGACUAUUGAUCGGACGUGGCAGAACUCUUUGAAGAAAAAUCCCCAGCCAUUUUCGGACAAUUGCAAAAGACAUAAUUAAGUAAAUCAGUUUCCAAUUAAAAAGACGAGGGCUCAGAUGGAAUAAGAACGUCAGACAAUCAGUUCUUUAGGACAGCAGUGGGCAAACUCUGCCACUCCAGUUGAAUUCCAUCACGGGAUUUCAGGCCAGCCACUGGAGCUCAAUUCCUUAACCGGCUGGGCGCUGAAGGACCUGGACACACCUGAGCAUUAGCAGAAGUGGAUCAGAAGUGCCUAAUGUAUGAGAUCAGAGACAAGGGCCUCUGCUGUACAUUAAUGUCAUCACUCCAGAAACAAGUAAAUUGUAAUAAACUGUGAAUUUAUGAUUAUUCUGCACACUACAUGAAUAAAAGGCCUCAAUAAAUAUCCAA